CCGUAUCUUUCGAGGGCUUCAGAUCGAAUUGGCUGUCCUCGGCUACUACCCCGAUCUCUUACUCGUUGUGCUCUCCCCAUGGCCAGCUUGCAUCCAAGUCCAUUUGGAUCCAGAGAUCAUCUGUCUGAGCUCAAACAUGGCGACGUACCGUAUUCUCGCCCUAGCACGCCCCAUGGAGGCCAUCCGCUCCAGAUAGGUUGGCUUGGUCUGGGAGCUAUGGGCUAUUACAUGGCGAGAAAUCUCGCCAAGAAUUUGCAUUCCCACUCACCCUCCGGAAGCCUGCCGCUGCUCGUGUACAACCGCACCGUGUCCAAGUCCGAGAAACUACAGCAGGAGCUGGGAGACGAGAAAGUCCUUAUAGCAGACACUCCGGGUCAGCUCGCGGUGGAAUGCGAUGUGAUCAUCACGAAUCUUGCCAAUGACGAGGUCGUCCGGGAUAUGUAUCUCCAGUUCUCCGAAGCAUUGACUAAAUCCAAACCUUCGAAAGCCAAGAUAUUUGUCGAAACGAGCACAAUAUAUCCCUCCUUGGCCGGAGAACUUGAUUCCAUCGUCUCUCGCGUUCCACUGGCACAUCUAGUUACAAGUCCAGUUUUUGGCGCUCCGGCUGCUGCUGACAAAUCGCAACUGAUCAUCGUUAUGUCUGGAGAUUAUCGAUCAAAAAAGGAGGUUGCUUGGUUGCUCUGCCCUGCCGUCGGGCGGAAAGUUGUGGACUUGGGAGGUAACCUUGAGAAAGCUCCAACUUUCAAGCUGAUCGGAAACUCCAUGAUCCUUGGCUGUCUAGAGGUUAUGGCGGAAUCCCUGACACUGGCGGAGAAGUCUGGCAUAGGUGCCGAAGUUGCUACCCAAUUCAUCAAAGACUUGCUGCCUGCUCCACCGCUGGUUGCAUACAGCGAAAAGAUGUUGCAUGACCAAUUCGACGGAACCAAGGGUUUUGCUAUCGAUGGAGGCAUAAAAGACGCAACUCAUAUCCGCAAGCUGACCACACAGCACGAUUGUCCCAUGCCGGUCAUCGACGCUGCACAUGGGCAUCUCCUCACUGCCCGCGCUUUGCACCACAACCAGAAGCUCAAAGGCACGGCGCACUUCGGCACCCUUGACUGGAGUGCAGUUAUCGCGGGCACUCGCGUUGCCGCCGGUUUAGAUGGCUUCGACAGCCACAAGCACCAACGAGUCGUUCGGGAAGAUUGAAUACAGGCAAGAACGUUGGUUGAAGCAAGGCCAAUUGUGAAUGGCAGAUUCCCCGAGUCCGAAAAACGCUGUGACACCCGAUGUUUCUCUGCGCUAAGAAUAACUGUAUGUUACAUGUACUGCCGCAAAUAGAUCCGAUC